CCCAAAGGCAGCCUCCCCCCCCCCCGGGUGGAAUAAAAACAGCUGCUGUGCCUGGCGGCCAAGGAGUGAGCGUUGUGGCUCUGAGGUAGGGGGGACCAUGGAGAUCUUCAGCAUUCAGCAGUUGGUAAGUGGCGAACGACAUGACGAGAAAGGGAGAGGUUUUGAAGUGCUGGCAGGAAGCGCGGCCAGGGAGCCAGAGAGAUGGCGGUCAGGCCCGGCAGGCGUGUGGGAAGCAGUCAGCAAGGAAAGGCAGAAGGCAGAAGAUGCGAAGAAGAAAAAGCUUGAGACACUCAGCAAUUCCAGGCUGAAGCUAGACAGCCUGCAGGACUUGGAGGCGAUUGUCAAGCUUCGCAAGAAUAAGAAGAGGUUGAAGAAAGUGGUCCGCCCCAAAGAACGGGAGCCAGAAGUGAUGACAGAGCCUGUGGGUCCAGUGCAGUUUCUUCAAGCGGCACUGGAGAACCGGAUUCCUGUCAUUGAGAAAUACCUGGCAGAUGGAGGGGACCCCAAUGCUCAUGACAAGUUCAGAUGUACAGCCCUGCACCGGGCCUGCUUGCGGGGCCAUGCAGAGAUCGUGGACAAGCUGCUGGAAGCUGGGGCCAAGCUGGAGCCAAGAGACAUGCUGGACGCGACCCCUGUGCUCUGGGCCUGUCGUGGGGGGCACCUGGAGAUCCUCAAGCGCUUGAUGGGCAGGGGAGCCAAGAUCUCCACACGGGACAAGCUGUGGAGCACCCCCCUGCACGUGGCCGUCCGGACGGGGCACAGCGACUGCGCAGAGCACCUCAUUGCCUGCGGGGCAAACAUCAAUGCGCAAGACAAGGAAGGAGACACGCCCCUUCACGACGCAGUCAGGCUGGGACGCUUCAAGGCUGUGAAGACGCUGCUGAUGUACGGGGCAAACCUGGCCAUCCAGAAUGAGGAGGCGGUGACUCCAGUGGACCUGGUGAAAGACUGGCAGAUGGGCAUCCGAGAGACACUGCAGGCCUGUGCCAACCGGCAGCGAGGCCCCCUCAGGAGCUGCUGAGAGUGGGGGACCUUGGGUGGUGGGGUGCUGGCUCUGUGAGCUGACAUUCCACCCGACCCCUCUACCAGCUGGGGACCAACUCACUCCCCUUGCCCUUCAGCAGAUAUGCCCCCACCCCGUCAUGACUCUGGUGCCAGCGGGGCACCAGGUACUUAUUUGGUACCCUCAGGCUUAGAGGUCAUUCCCGAGGCCUCCCUCUUUUGUCUCAACAGGCUUUGAGGGUCAGUUUUCUGCUCCUCGGAGUGAGCUGGGAGCCAGCCAUGCUGGGCCUGUCUCCACUUGCUCUUCCUGGUGGAGCGACAAACUCCCUCCCUCUUGUGGCUCUCUGUGGAGGCUGUCACCCGAGGAGAAACUAAGGCACAAGAGAUGGCACUUGGAAUCCUUGUGGCUGUGAUCUGGGGCAUGUGUGGAAUGAUGGUCUUUCUUUGGAAACAGGGAAGCCCGCUGUCCUCUCUGGCCAGUGAGAAGGGUGGAGGAAAAGGCAGGCUUUUAUUACAGGGAGGUG